CGUACUAAGACCCGUGUGCAGCAGCGGCGGCGGCGGUAGAGGCGGCGGCGGCGGCGGCGGCAGCGGGCUCGGAGGCAGCGGUUGGGCUCGCGGCGAGCGGACGAGUCGAGUCAGUGCGUUCGCGCGAGUUGGAAUCGAAGCCUCUUAAAAUGGCAGAUGAUUUGGACUUCGAAACAGGAGAUGCAGGGGCCUCAGCCACCUUCCCAAUGCAGUGCUCAGCAUUACGUAAGAAUGGCUUUGUGGUGCUCAAAGGCCGGCCAUGUAAGAUCGUCGAGAUGUCUACUUCCAAGACUGGCAAGCAUGGCCACGCCAAGGUUCACCUGGUUGGUAUUGACAUCUUUACUGGGAAGAAAUAUGAAGAUAUCUGCCCCUCAACUCAUAAUAUGGAUGUCCCCAACAUCAAAAGGAAUGACUUCCAGCUGAUUGGCAUCCAGGAUGGGUACCUAUCACUGCUCCAGGACAGUGGAGAGGUGCGGGAGGACCUUCGUCUGCCUGAGGGAGACCUCGGCAAGGAGAUCGAGCAGAAGUAUGACUGUGGAGAAGAGAUCCUGAUCACAGUGCUGUCUGCCAUGACAGAGGAGGCAGCUGUUGCAAUCAAGGCCAUGGCAAAAUAACUGGCUCCCAGGGUGGCGGUGGUGGCAGCAGUGAUUCUGGAGCCUACAGAGGCCCCCUCCCCCAGCCUGGCCCAGCUCUGGCCUGGCCCUUGGCUGGACUCCUAUACAAUUUAUUUGAUGUUUUAUUUUGGUUUCUCCCCCCAAUCUGUCGGGGACUCCCCUGCCCUUCACCCCGCUCCCUUGGCCAGGAGCAAGCAAUGGCCUUGGUGAGGCUGCCCUUCUCUUCUCCCCUCGUACUACAGCUCUGUUGGGGGAGAAGGGGUGGGUGCUGCUUGUGGUUUAGUUUUUUUUGUUCCUGUUUUUUUUGUUUUUUUUGUUUUUUUAAUUCAAUCUGCAAUCAGAAUGCUGUGGAUUCUGGCAAAUGGUCCUCUCAGCCUUUCCCUCACUCAUUCCUGGUCUGGUCCCCUGUUCUCCAUAGUCCUUUGCCCUUUCCCCUGAAACACCAGCCCCACAGACUGGGGACCAGUCCCUUCCCCUGCCUGUAUCUCUCUCCAAGCCCCUUUAGAUGGGGAGGGAAGAGGAAGAGAGGGGAGGGGCCUGCUCCCUCCUCAGGCAUCUGGGAGGGCCCUGCCCCACGGGCUUCACCCUUCCCUGCGGGCCCUCUCCCCGACACAUUUGUUAAAAUCAAACCUGAAUAAAACAAGUUUAAUAUGAA